UCCUCAGGCGGAGAGGAGAGAGAAGGGACUGUACUCACUCAUCUUCCGGACCGGAGACCCAACCUACUGUCCAGCUUUUUGCCUUAGUUGCACUGGCUGUUGCUCUCACCAUGUCUGUCUCGGGUGGACUGAUGCUUCACUGACACCUCCGCUCCCUCUGAUACAUCUCCCUCUCUCUCCUCCUGAAGCUGCAUCCUGUCUCUGCUGGAGGGCUGAACGCCGCUGGAGGGAAAUUACAAUGUCUGCAGAAACCAGCGGGCAGGAGAGCAUGCUGAGCUACCAGAGACCUGAUGAGGAGGUGGUAGUGGACCAGGGUGGCACAAGCUCAGUCCUGAACAUCCACUAUGAGAAAGAAGAGCUAGAGGGUCACAGGACUCUAUUUGUUGGGGUGCGGAUGCCACUGGGCAGGCCGUCUCAUCGCCAUCACAGGACUCACAGCUCCAAACACCGUAAGAGAGAGAGAGUGAGAGCGGAGAGUCUAGCACUGGAUGCAGAGAGUACAGAUGACACAACUACCACCUCACAUGACACGCCAUCCCAGAGGGUGCAGUUUAUUCUGGGCACUGAGGAGGAUGAGGAGCAUGUGGCUCAUGACCUCUUCACCGAGCUCGAUGAGAUCUGUGUUAAAGAUGGCAAAGACGCAGAGUGGAAGGAGACUGCCAGGUGGUUGAAGUUUGAGGAGGAUGUGGAGGAUGGAGGGGAAAGGUGGAGUAAACCCUAUGUCGCUACUCUCUCUCUGCACAGCCUGUUUGAGCUGCGCAGCUGCAUCAUUAAUGGGACUGUCCUGUUGGACAUGAGAGCGGACUGCAUUGAGGAGAUAGCAGAUAUGGUGCUGGACCACCAGGAAGCAGCUCAUGAGCUGGACGACAGUGUGAGAGUGAAGGUUCGAGAAGCACUAUUGAAGAGGCAUCACCACCAAAGUGAUAAGAGAAGGUCCAACCUGCUACCCAUGGUCAAAUCCCUCACAGACUCUGGCAGGAAACAGAGUGAACCACACUGCAUGGACAAAAGUGGGCCUGCUACUUCUCCUCAGCCUCCUCCUUCAAAUGUAGAAGUGAAAAACGCGGCAGGGCAGGAUAAUGGUCAAGUCGAUCUCAGUAAGGUGGAUACACACUUCAUGAAGAAAAUCCCGACUGGAGCUGAAGCUUCCAAUGUGUUGGUGGGUGAACUGGACUUUCUGGAGAGACCCAUUGUGGCAUUUGUUCGCCUGUCUCCAGCUGUGCUGCUGACCGGACUCACUGAAGUACCAAUACCAACCAGGUUUAUGUUCAUUCUGCUUGGCCCGGAUGGAAAAGCUCAGCAGUAUCAUGAGAUUGGCCGCUCCAUGGCUACUAUUAUGACUGACGAGAUCUUUCAUGAUGUAGCAUAUAAGGCAAAGAACAGGAGUGACCUGUUGGCUGGUAUUGAUGAGUUUUUGGAUCAGGUGACAGUUUUACCACCAGGAGAGUGGGACCCCUCCAUUCGCAUUGAGCCACCCAAGAGUGUACCCUCACAGGAGAAAAGGAAGAUGCCUGGUGUGCCAAAUGGGACAGUUGUUCCAGUAGAGGUGGACAUACAUGGGGAACACCAUGGACCAGAACUACAAAGAACCGGGAGGUUGUUUGGAGGUCUGAUUCUGGAUGUGAAACGGAAAGCUCCAUUUUAUCUGAGUGAUUUUAAAGAUGGACUGAGUCUGCAGUGUGUGGCGUCUUUCCUCUUCCUCUACUGUGCCUGCAUGUCUCCUGUCAUUACAUUUGGAGGACUCCUAGGAGAAGCCACUGAGGGACGCAUUAGUGCUAUUGAGUCAUUGUUCGGUGCCUCGAUGACUGGAGUGGCAUACUCACUCUUUGCUGGGCAGCCUCUCACUAUUCUGGGCAGUACUGGACCUGUUCUAGUAUUUGAAAAAAUCCUUUUUAAGUUCUGCAAAGAUUAUGACUUGUCUUACCUGUCUCUCCGCACCUGUAUCGGCCUCUGGACAGCCUUCCUGUGUUUGAUUCUGGUUGCCACAGAUGCCAGUUCUCUGGUCUGUUACAUCACCCGCUUCACUGAGGAAGCCUUUGCUGCCCUCAUCUGUCUCAUCUUCAUUUAUGAGGCCCUGGAGAAACUUGUGCAUCUGGGAGAACUCUACCCCAUCAACAAGCACAGUGACCUGGACAAACUUACUCUGACAUACUGUAAGUGUGUAGAGCCUGACAACCCCAGUAAUAAGACUCUGAUUAUGUGGAGUGAGAGAAACAUCACAGCCUCAGCAGUGCCCUGGAGCAACCUCACUGUGAAGGAGUGUUUAGAUUUCCAUGGGCACUUUGUUGGGACAGCCUGCGGUCAUCAUGGCCCCUACACACCUGAUGUCCUCUUCUGGUCAUCUAUUUUGUUUUUUUCCACCUUCUUUCUGUCCACAUUCCUCAAACAAUUCAAGACCAGCAGAUAUUUUCCAACACGGGUGCGAUCUAUGAUCAGCGAUUUUGCUGUCUUCCUCACUAUCGUUUUCAUGGUACUGAUUGACUAUGCCAUUGGAGUUCCAUCCCAAAAACUACAAGUUCCCAGCAAGUUCAAGCCAACACGGGAUGACCGUGGCUGGGUGAUUAACCCAAUUGGCCGGAACCCAUGGUGGACAGUGCUGGCAGCAGCAAUACCGGCCCUACUCUGUACCAUACUCAUCUUCAUGGACCAGCAGAUCACCGCUGUCAUCAUCAACCGCAAAGAGCACAAACUGCUGAAAGGCUGUGGGUACCACUUAGACCUGCUGAUGGUGGGGGUGAUGCUGGCUGUGUGUUCUGUAAUGGGCUUGCCGUGGUUUGUGGCAGCAACUGUGCUGUCCAUCUCGCACGUGAACAGUCUGAAACUGGAGUCAGAGAGCGCCGCUCCCGGAGAACAGCCUCGUUUCCUGGGCAUAAGAGAGCAGAGGCUAACAGGCCUGUUAAUCUUUUUGCUCAUGGGCUGCUCAGUGUUAAUGACUGGUGCUUUACAGUUCAUCCCCAUGCCGGUUCUAUAUGGAGUCUUCCUCUAUAUGGGUGUCUCAUCUCUGAAAGGCAUUCAGUUUUUUGACCGUCUAAAAUUGUUUGGGAUGCCGGCAAAGCACCAGCCGGAUUUUAUAUACCUUCGCCAUGUCCCACUUAGGAAAGUCCACCUGUUCACUCUUGUUCAGCUUACCUGCCUCGUACUACUGUGGAUCAUCAAGACCUCUCCUGCUGCCAUCAUAUUCCCCAUGAUGGUACUGGCACUAGUGUUCAUUCGUAAGCUGUUGGAUUUCUGCUUCACCAAACGGGAGCUCAGUUAUCUUGAUGACCUCAUGCCCGAGAGUAAAAAGAAGAAACUAGACGAUGCCACUAAAAAAGCAGAAGAGCAAGAGUCACAGGAGAUGUUAGUUGAUGACUCUGACAGAGGAGAUGACAAGAGCACAGUGGAGAUCCCUAUGGAGAGCAGCAAAUCACUACAUUCACCUAAAGCACCAGACCCUAGGACUGACCCCUCUGAUAUUAACAUCUCUGAUGAAAUGUCUAAAACUACUGUGUGGAAGUCUCUUAGCUCCAAUCACAAGGACACAAAUCGAUCAUCAGGUCACAAAAAGGACUGCCAGUGAGACGGACCCAUAGGACUUGUUCAGCCAUUGGAAACAACUCACAAAGACAGAUAUAGUCAGACAAACAUCCUUUCUCUUUAAUGGUCUGGUUUUAAUCAUACUUUCACUCAAACACACAUGCACAGAUUCAAACAAAAUGUACCAUAAAUCCUCUUAGUCAUGAGGUGUGAAUGUACAUUUGUGUGAGUUUAGUGUAUGGAUGUGUGUGUAUGUACAUGUGUAUAGAGGAGUAGCAGAGAGGAGUAGAGGCGUAUACUGCUCUAAACCAAACCAGGUUAUUUUUAAAAUGUGUCACAUUGAGUAAACACUGUCUAUGACGUCACAGUACUGUGCCAUAUUUGUGUAUUUUAUUUUAUGGUGACAUUAUGAAUUUGUAGAACAAUACAAUGGAUAUUGUUAUAGAAAUUUUAAACUUAAAUUACUGUUGGACAUACUGAUGUAUAUGUGUGUCGUGGUGCGCUGUCAAAAAAUAUGAAUAAUCUCAGUAAUAAGAGUAGCGUGUCUUACAAAUGCUUCAGCCAGGUGAUUGAUUAACCAUUUUAAAAUCCAAAACAUUAAUGUGCCUGAAGAUGCAGAUAGUCGCAGCGCAAAAAACAUUUACUGGAUACAUGUGG